AUGGGGAGAAUGCAAGGGACUCGGAGUUACUCAGCGAACCCUAGCGAUUUCCAGCUUCUUGAAGAAAUCGGCCAUGGCGCCACUGCUACUGUUUACAAAGCAAUCUAUCUUCCUUCAAAGGACGUCGUGGCUGUCAAGUGUUUGGAUCUUGAUCGCUGCAGCGGUACUAAUCUGGAUGACGUACGUCGGGAAGCUCAAACACUGAGAUUGAUCGAUCACCCUAAUGUUCUUCGGGCAUAUUCUUCCUUCGUAGUUGACCGCAACCUUUGGGUAGUCAUGCCGUUCAUGUCGGAGGGUUCCUGCUUGCAUCGCAUGAAAACGGGUUAUCCCGAUGGAUUCGAAGAGGCUGCUAUCGCUUCCAUUCUUAAGGAAACUCUUAAGGCUUUGGAUUAUCUUCAUCGACAAGGACAUAUUCAUCGGGAUGUCAAGGCUGGGAACAUACUGCUUGAUAACAAUGGAACAGUUAAGGUCGCUGACUUCGGUGUUUCAGCUUGCAUGUUCGAUUCAGGAGACAGACAACGUUCGAGAAAUACCUUUGUGGGGACUCCUUGCUGGAUGGCACCGGAGGUCAUGCAGCCAGGAACUGGAUAUAACUCCAAGGCAGAUAUAUGGUCGUUCGGCAUAACAGCAUUGGAGCUGGCCCAUGGUCAUGCACCUUUUUCCAAUUAUCCACCUAUGAAGGUUCUCUUGAUGACCAUACAAAAUGCUCCUCCACGACUUGAUCAAGAUUGUGAUAGGAAGUUCUCCAAGUCUUUCAAAGAUAUGGUUGCGAUGUGCCUGGUGAAAGAUCACACAAAGAGGCCCACUGCAGAGAAAUUAUUGAAGCACUCGUUUUUCAAGCAUGCAAAGCCUCCUGAGCUUUCUGUGAAGAAAUUAUUUGCUCCUUUGCAACCGCUGUCGAAUCCUGCGAAACCCCUUCAGCUUAAAGAUGCUGCACAACUCGCUCUGAAGAAUAUGCCUUCAGCAGAACAAGAAGCUAUAUCACGGAGUCAGUAUCAAAGAGGAGUUAGCGCCUGGAAUUUUGAUAUUGAGGAUUUGAAAGCGCAAGCAUCUCUGGUGCAUGAUGAUGAUGAUGAUGAUGAUGAUAUUCACGAGUGCAAAGAUGAUGAUCGAAGCAUGAAAUCAAGCCUUGGUGAUAAGACUGCAGCUUCCUGUAUUAGUUCUUCUUCUAUUGUACUUUCCAAUGAUCUAUGUAAGAGCUGGGUCAUAGUUAGUUAG